AUGAGUCAGGAGAAACCACGGAGGCCCGAGCAUGAACCGAUAAAAUACGGCGACGUGUUCAACGUGUCUGGUGAGUUAUCAUAUCAACCCAUUGGACAAAGAGAUGCUGCAAUUAUGCAAUCAGCGGAAGACAAAACAUUGGGACAUGCUCGAAAAGAUGGUCCUGCUUCGCUCAUGAAUUCUGCGGCCCAGAAAAACGAGGAUGCUGGUUUCAUCGAUGAUGACAUUGCUACAAACAUUGCUAGAAAAGAAGGUGUUUCUGUUUCUCAAACUUAUGAUUCGGGCAAACGUGUCAUCACUGAGACCCUUGGUGGACAGGUCCUGGGGAAGUUUGUGGAAGAUACAAAUGGUGCAAAGGAGACUGUGGAUGGACUUAAGAAAAACAUGUGA